CUUUCAGUGGAAGCUAACGCUUUUCAGCAUUUCACAGCUCAAUUUCGCUUUUUACAUGAAAGGAUAAAAAUAUCAUAACAUUUUGGGUGGUGUUAAUGAAGUUUAUUCUGUGAAUAUUUUUAGAAAACUAUUUUUAUUUUUACUGGCAAUAAUCGUUAAACGUCAAUUUACGAGUUGUAAUUUUUGAGUGAUUCAUUUCCGCGAACUAUUUUAUUGAAAGGACUACAGUUUGUGGCUGAUAUUUUUCUUUAUUCCAUAAUUAUUAUCGUGUAUGAGUAAUUAUUUCGUUGUGCUAAAAGCAAGUAAAGAGACAAACAAUGGAGAACGACAUAAACAAACCCUACAAGAUAUGUGAUGUUAACCGAGACAAAAAGAAGGGUAUUGUUGCUGCUUCUUUGGAAGACUUGCUAACAAAAGUGCCUGAAAAAUUAGGGCUUCCUGUGGAUAAUCUGACUGUUGUGCUGGAGUCUGACGGAACAGAAGUGGAUGACGAAGAUUAUUUUUCCACAUUGGACCCGGACACGUCUUUAAUGAUUUUACACGGACAAGAAAAGUGGGGCCCGUAUUUACCGAGAUGCCAAGUGUCCUUAGACCAGACUGACGAUGUGUCUAUGGGAGAAAAGGGGCAAGUGGCGAACCUGGUGGGUCGGCUGCAACAUAACCUCUGUCACAUCUCCCUGCUGGGAGGCCAGGACCUAGAGCUGCUCUCGGACAUGGACCCCGACAGCCUCGCCGACAUCGUCACCGACAGAGACAACAGAAUAUUCCUGGAGCACAUCAAAGAAGCGUCUGGGAGAAUACUCUUGGAAAAACGACAGGCACAAGAUGCAAUGGAGCUGCUGAAACUGUACCAUCAGAGUGUUGCCAACGGCACAGAGGAAGUUACUCCUUCCAAACAGGAGAGAGUGUAGAGCCAAGCCCCGGUUUCAUGAAGGUAUUAUCAUAAGUGUAAUCUGCUAACCCUGUAAGUAUUUAUUUUGAGGGCUGGUAAGUUAUCUCAAAAGUUUACAAACAGGCAUCUCUAUAAAACACCAGUUAAUGUGGCCUUGUUUUGAUAUUUUUUACAUAGUGAAGAUAAUUUUUAAUGUAAAAGAUACCUAGUCAUAACACUUCAACUUCCAUUAAUUAUGUAAUUAUUUGAAACAUUAUUACAUUUAUAAUCAAAGCUGAUUCUGAAUGCUUGAAUCUUAAAACUUGGAUCCUUGUCUGGAAAAUCUUUCCUAUGCUAAAUUUUAUAGAAUUUUGAUAACAGUAAAUCUUAUUCAGAGUCUUACUUUGUUUGUGUAAACCAAAUGUCUUUAAUUGUUUUAAAUGAAGUACCUUAUACAAUUUUCUGCUUCCGAAUCAGCAAUAAUUAUAUUUUCAUACUUAAGUACUAUAAUGAUUCAUUUCUCACAUUCACAUGAUGGUCAUUCUAGGUGCUUGUUUGAACCAUUUCUUGAAAGUAUGUGGAUAUUGUUGCAAGCAAACAAUUAAUAUACUGUAAACCUGUUUGGGAAUCCUUCUGUUUGGAAUUCCUACAUUCAACAGUUUUGGCAUUGUUUCUUAAGCAACAAUAUAACUUAGGUAUAGUAUCUUUGUAAGACGCUAAUCUUAUGAAUAUGAGCUGGUAUUAAAUAAACAAUGGAUAUACCCAUUUUUCACGAAUAUUAAUGUAAAACUAUGGAUAUGGAUGUUAUAAUUUAUUUUAUAAUUAAAAUGCAUAAGUAAUGUAAAUCCCAUAAUUGCAUAGUUAAGUACAAACCCACCCUUUAUAUGGGUUAAUGUAGUAGGUUCACAUACAUAUGUGUUUACAUUAGUUAGGAUAAUAUGUAUAAUCAACAUGUAUGAUUGGUGAAGAUUCGACAAUAGUAUGCUAGUGUGUAAUCAUACCCUAUACUUAUUUGGAACCACUUCUUUAUUUGUAAACUUUUGAGAGAUAAAUAACACAAGGUUGAUAAUCGGCAUCAAUUUACAAGACUGAUAGUUGGUAAUUAUUUUUGUUUUAUAUUUUUAUCCCUAGAGUAAGAGCUAUUCAUUUAGUCCCAGAUUUGCUCAAAUCUUAUGAAUAUUUUGUAUGUUUCACACAUUCACUUUCAAAAUUAUUCCAUAAGUUAAGAGAAAAUAUGUUUAAUGUAAAAGGCUGUGCCGCUAUCCCAAUACCAUUAAAAUAUUGCAAGUUUUUUUAGAUCUGUAAAGGCAAAUUAUUGGCUUGUGAAACUUUAAAAUUAUUUUUUAUGUUUUCCUGUUAUUAAGAUAAAAAUUUAGUUUUGUUGUGAUUAGUAUUUUGUAGAUCUCAUUGACAGUCAUUAACUAUUACAUAAAAAAUAUAUUGGUUAGGUCACUAUUGAUUUUUAUUUAAGAAAAAGCACUGUAACCACCUCUUUGGCCCCAUGGUGGUGUAUCUAACUUGUAUUCGUUCUAACAUUGAUGUAUCAAGAGAAAACUUGUGUAAACCUAGGCAAUUUCUGUUUUUAAUUGCCAGUGCUAGAAUUAUUUCAUAAAGUAAGAAUGUUGAUUCACCCUAGCAUUGAAGUUGCGAAUGUAUAAGUAAAAUAAAGCACUACCUUAUUAUUGUGGAAAUAUGCCCACUGUGUAAUCUUUUAUUUGUUAAAACAUUGUGCGGAAUUGGUUGUCAUGUAUUUCCUAAUAGUGGAAUUGAAAAGUAGAUUGUAUCAUAACCAUGUUAUUUUAAUUCAGUGCACCAAUAAAUUUUACUAGAAUA